UUUCCUUGAAUCGAUGCAACAACUAAGGAGGAGAGUUGUAAGAAGCGUGUCCAACGAUGAUGACGACGAGUACAACGGUUCAGAUAUGCAAAUGUCGGACUCAGGCUCUGACGCGGAAAUGGAGGUCGACGAGGUGAAUCAGAAACUCCAGGAAGAUGAUAAUGAAGGGGAGGAUGAGAAACUCGAGCCUGAGGAUGAGGAAGAAGACGAGCCAGAACCUGAACAAGAGGAUGCUCCAGAGUCUGAGGAGGCUUCUCCUCCUCCGUCUCCGCCCAAGCAGCCCCGCUUAAAGAUCAAACUCAAGCUACCAAGCGUACCCAGCACAGAAGAUACUGGAUCACGUGGGCGUUCUGGCGAUAUUGACGUAGAGUCCGAAGAUGAAGAUGACGAAGAGGAGGCGGUGGGCUCGACGCGCCCCAUGACUUCCCGCCAGGCGGUCCUUGCGAGCGUCGUGGGCUCUUCGCAUGUAUCUCUAUCCACUGGCGAAUCCUCUCGAAAGAAGAAGCAACUCACAGAGAGCGAGCUCGCACUUCGGCGUGAAGAGACAGCACGGAAACGUCGCAAUCUCACUGAGAAAAAACUUGAGGACGAGAAGGCAGAAACUAUCAACCGCCUCCUCAAAAAGCAGUCCAAGUCCAAAGCCAAGCGCAGUGCACUAUCCACCGCAGAGGCAAGUGCAUCCGAAGGCGAGCGUGAGGUCGAGCAGGAAGAGAAGGACGUCAUCCUACCAACUGCUUGGCGGUGGGUGUCCAGCACGCGACCUCUGGUGGAUUCUUCCACGCCCAUGCCGAAGGAGAGUGUUGCUGAGGGCAAGAUGAACCUCACAUUCGGAGUGCCCGUCUCUGUCCUUUCUAGCGCUUCGCUAGCCCCACCUCCACCUCCACCCUUGCCAAAAGAGAAACCACGGUGUGACGUCCCUGGAUGUACUGAAAUGCGGAAGUAUCGCCUCGUGCGCGACUGGGUCCAUGGGGCAUGCGGUCUCACGCACCUAAAGGUUCUGGAAGCGGAGGCGGGUACGAGGAUGGAGGUUGUAUGAUUGAGAGUGUUACGACGCUCCCGGAGGUCAUCGUCAUUUGCAAAUUGUUCUCGCAGUUACUUGUUAAGCUUACUCAUUGUAUUUUGGAUUAAUAGCACGUUCUUUCAGUUUGGAUGUUUGUAAAUUUCACGAGCCAUGUCACGGCGGCUGUGCUUUCUUUCUCUCUUGAUGUUGAGAAAUUUAUUUAUUUAUUUUUAAAAAAUCCUUGUUUAUUGUCCGUAUGUAACCUAUAUAUGCUCGUGUGCUUAUGA